UCAGAUGGUUUUUGCAGUGCAGAGAGAGAGAGAGAGAGAGAGAGAGGGGGGGAGAGAGGGAGAGAGAGAUAGUUAGGGUUUCGAACCCAGUUGUGUCCCUGUGAUCUCACCGAUCUUUCAUUUCUAAUCUAUCCGGAGAGAAUUCUACUGUUUUGCCUAAAGUUUCGGGUUUUCCGGUCAAAAAUUCGGUUUUCCGGUGAGGGGUCUCAUUUUUCCGGUGACAUGAGGGUCUAGUUGACCAUUUGACACUUUGAAAUCAGGGUUUUGUCCUCAAGGUCGUCUUUUUUUGAAGUUUUUCUUCCUUGCUAAAUUUUAUUUAUUUAUUUAUUUUUGCUGGAAAUUGAUUAAGCAAGACCUGGUGUUGGUGAUCUAGGGUUGGACCAUUUCGCGGUGAUUGAAUUUUUUGGAUUAAUGGAUUUAUUUUGUUUCUCAACGAGUUGUGUCUCAUACUGUGAAAGGAAGACAAAAUACUAGUUUCAAGACUUCAGCUUCGUGUUCUUUUGUUCAUCGAAGUACUCUUCUUUUGUUGGGGAAAUCUUGGUUGGUCCAUUGUGGUAUUUUUGGAGAUUGAUUGAGUUGGAGUUUCAUUUUUCAGGGGUUUCCAUUUUUGGAAAGUUUUUGCUGACUUGAUUGAGAGAGAAGGGUCAAGAUUUAGUCUAAAUUCAAUGGACUCAAUUUUUUCGUGAUUCUGGUGAUCUUGUUGUGAAAUUCAGAGAGAAAGAUAGAAACUUUUUGCACCCAUUUAAUCAUGCUUUUAUUUUUGUGAAGGGCUUUUCUUAAUUAAUGAUUGAGAUUAAUGGGUUUGUUGGAUUGAAUUGAACAAUAUCUUCUUUUGAUUGAUCUUGAUGUAUUGAGGAAUCUGAUCAUUGCCUAAUAUAGUGGUUGCUGCAACAGGCAGCUACCACUUCCAAUCCUUUUUGCUACCAAUCGUCUCUCGCUUCCUCUUCAUUUCCCCACAAAACUUUGCCUUCAAAGAGGAAUCGUUGGUUCAUCAAAAUCUUUCAGCUUUCUAGCGAGACUAAAUUCAGUGAACUGGAUCUUUCCUUUUGUGUUUUUCAGUAUUGCUCUUUAAUUGUUGUGGUAUAAAGAGAAAAGGUGGAGAUUUUCGCACUCAUUUAAUCAUGUUUCAAGUUUUCUGAAGCUUUGGCUUUUCUUAAUCAAUGAUUGAGAUUAAUGAGUUUGUUGGAUUUAUCUGAACUAUUUUUAUCCUUUGUUUGAUCUUAUAUUUAUUGAGGAUCUUGAUCAUUGUCUAACAUAGUGGUUACUGCAACAGGCAGGCACCACUUUCGAUUCUUUUGCUCCCAAUUCUCUGUGGCUUCCUUUUAAUUUUCCCAAAAAACUUUGCCAUCAAAGAGACUCGUUUAUUCAUCAAAAUUCUUUAGCUUUAUAGCGAAUUUGGGUUCGAACUAUGGCUGUCUCUUUUACCCGUUUUUCGUGGAGGCUCUGGGGUGGGAAAGAGAAAGAGCCUGUCUCAAAUGGGUCUUCUCUGAAUUCUUCAUUUGAGUGGGGAUUUGGUCUGAGGGAGCCCGAGACUGUAAAAUUCCCUACUGUGAAGGGGACCAAGAUAUCCUCGUCCCAAAGGAAGGUUAAGAGGAAAUGGCAGAGUAGGGAAGAGAGGAGAAUUGACAGGGAGUUCGAUGCAGAGUUGGUACCAUCUGAUGGUGUUUGUUUGUCUGGGUCCGAAUCCGAUGACCCGGACUGGUCCAUUGGAUGGUUUGAGCCUCAUGGACCUGAUUUUGAGAGUGAUGAUGGCUUAGCAGUACUGGUUCCCAGCUAUAGACCAGGUUGCAAGAAGGUAGUGGAGAGCUCAAAUAACCAGCUUUUGAGUGCCAUCACGAACCUCACAAACGAGUUCUCUCCUGAGGGCACAAACUGUAUGGCACAGUGGCUUUCUUCUCUUCAGAACUUCGAUAUCUAGAAUUAGCUGAUCAUUCUCAGAGUGGCCCUUUUUGAGUUCUUCAUUCCGUGAGCGUUUGAAGAACCAAAUCUAUUACAGUAGCAAUAAUUGUUGGAAAAAAAAUAUAGAACCAAAAAGAUCAUGUCAAGCUCUACAUCAGCAUCUUGAUUAUGAGUGCAGAUGAUUAACGCCCAAUUGAACACGACCAUAAAAUGUCCAGUUAAGCAAACAGAAGAACCAUGUUCUUCGAUUGUGAAUGAAGAAGACAGCAACAGAUGCUUUCCAGAGCAUGCCAUGUUCUGUUAUUCAUCCUUCCGUUGGUUUGGUGCAUGCAUCAUUGGGUUGCUAGGAGAAACCUGAAACAUAAUGGAGCUUCUUUUUGUGUAAAUACAGCUUUUGUGAAUAUAUGACAUAUAGCUAUGCUUCUGCUCACUUCUACUGUAAAUAAUUCUGCUAUUGCCUUAGUCAAUGAAGGGCCACUCUGCUAUUAUUAUCCCAUGAUAGCAUUUUUUUAAUGUUAAUUUUGCAUCCUUGAAGCAUUA